AUGAAAUCCCUGAUUUCGACCAUUCUAUUCCUUUUAUUGAGCAUCAACGUUCUUGCUAUACCACUCUCCGCUCGGCCUAUCUCCAAUGACAGAUCCUUCAAGGUCAAAAGAGUGAAGCGCAGCGAUUAUGUCCGCCACGGCCCAACAGCCCUCCGCAAAGCAUACCGCAAAUUCGGGAUUUCACACACGGAUUUCAGCGAUAAUGAGUUGAUCGAUUUCGAGCCCUUUACCACUCAGAACUUGGCUGAAACUGUCUCUCACGAAGCGAGUUCUGAGGAUUCAGAGCUAACUGGGGCUGUGAGCGCAACUUCGGUUCAGGGUGAUACCGAGUUCGUUUCACCUGUUAUUAUAGGUGGUCAGCGCAUCACAAUGGACUUCGACACGGGCUCAGCAGACCUAUGGGUGAUGAGCAGUCAACUCCCCUCAUCCUCGACAAAAAACCACCAACUCUACAAUCCUGCCAACUCAACUACUUACACCGAGAUAAACGGUACUUUCGAAAUCUCCUACGGAGACUCAUCCUACGCCUCGGGCUCUCUAGCAAGAGAUACUGUCUCAGUCGGCGGCGUAGUAGUCAAAGACCAAGUCUUCGGUCUAGCAAAAGACAUCGCAGGCUCCUUCGUCGUAGACACAUCCUCCAACGGCCUAGUCGGACUAGCCUUCACCUCUCUAAACAGCUUCAAACCAGGUCCUGAAAAGACCUUCUUCGACAACAUUGCUCCAAACCUCGACGAACCAGUCUUCACAGCUAAACUGCUCAGUGACGGUGCGGGAGAGUAUGAGUUUGGCAAGAUUGACUCGAGCAAGUAUACCGGUUCACUGGUUAACGUCAGUGUCGACGCGUCGGAUGGAUUCUGGCAGUUCGAGGCGGCUCAGUAUGCUGUUGGGAGCGAGACAACUAUGCAUGAUAUCACUGAUACGCCAAAUGCCAUUGCCGAUACGGGUACUACUCUCAUGCUGCUUAGUCCGUCGGUUGUUGGGGCUUACUACAAGGAAGUGACUGGUGCUGUUUAUUCCAACAGUAUCAGUGCCUACAUGUUUCCUUGCAGCUCUGAGCUGCCGAAUUUGUCUAUGGCUGUUGGUGGGGAAUUCAAGGCUGUUAUCCCCGGUGAUUACAUGAACUAUUCUGAGAUUGGGACCAAUACGACCACGGGUGAAACUCUGUGCUAUGGCGGUAUUCAGUCAAAUUUGGGCUCUGACUUGCAGGUCUUUGGUGAUAUCUUCUUGAAGGCCUUCUUUGUGGUCUUUGAUCAACGGGGUCCAUCCCUGGGUUUUGCUACUCACACAUGA